AUGAGCUUAAAACUGACAGUUUCCCGACUUCAUCGCAAAACCCUUCUGCUAACUCUUCAAUGUUUACCAUUUUUGUGCUUUCAGGAGGACUGCAAGGGUGUGUUCCACCGUGAGUUGGCCGUCACCAAACUAAAGAGUUUUGGUGGACCUGUUCCAAAAAUCUUAGUGCCCAGGGUUUGGGCCAACCCGCGCAAUUUCAACUUCGACAACAUUGGCAGCGCGAUGCUGGCCCUUUUUGAAGUUCUUUCACUGGAAGGCUGGGUGGAGAUUCGGGACGUAAUUAAGGCCAGAAUAGGACCUAGCCAUGUUGUUUACAUUCACCUCUUCGUGUUCAUUGGAUGCAUGAUUGGUCUCACACUAUUCGUCGGUGUUGUUAUUGCAAAUUAUAAAGAAAACAAGGGAACGGCCCUUCUCACAGUUGACCAGAGACGAUGGCUUGAUUUAAAGGGCCGAAUUAAGCUUACGCAGCCGCUGCACAUUCCACCACGCCCAAGUAUGUCUGAGUCCUCUUUUUGUAUCCAGGCAGUGCGCUUAUUGUUCAAAUAA